AUGUUGACCUACGAGAACUCGCCGAACGACGCCGCUCUGUCCCGACCCGGUUCGCCGCCCGGCAUGACGGCGUCAAAGUCCUCAAAAUCCUCUUCUCUUAGCUCGAUCCCAUCCGACGACGAAGGCGCCGACGCGGCCCACUUCGAGGACAUUGGCCUCGACGAUUCCCAGACCGACCCGCGACGGCUCUCCGAUAAGCACCUGAAAAAUGCGCCGAACCCGUACAGCCAGUCCUUCUCUUCCGACCUCCGGUCGGUAACAAAACGACCCGCCUCAACCUCGACCCCCAGGCUUCAGUACUCGCGCGAAUCGUCCAGGACGCGCCAGAACCGCGAGUUCGCGGCGGCGAAAUCGCGACCCAGCUUGCCGCCCCUACAGAGCCAUGUUCGAUCCGCAAAGCGGGUCACGAGCCCGGGCCUCACCCCCGAUCCUUACGUGGGCACGCUCCCGUUCCGUACCCUCGGCCGCCAGAACUCCAAGACAUCCCUCGGCGGUCGCCGGAGUCCGAGUCCCGGCCUGGCACUGUCCCCGAGAGAUCCUAGCACUCGGCCGCGUAGGAGUAGUUGGCAAUCGAACCGGGAAAGGAAGACGACGAUUGAACUAGAGCUGGAGUGUGACGAGGAUGAUGGAGACGAUAUUCCCGAUGGCAUGUGGCUCGACAAUGUGCCGAUCUCACCGCGACCACCAUCCGAACGUUCGCAAAGCCGACCUCAAUCUAAGGCGCCGUCACCUGAACGCCCGCAGCUCAAGGAGCGGGUGCGGAGUGUCGGCAAUGGGACGCCGGCCAUCGCUGUAGCGCAGGGAUCGCUUCGAUCGCCGACCUGGAAAUCGGAUUCGGCCCUCUCAACCUUGAGUUCCGCCACGUCUAGUCGCAUGACAAGCCCGGUCAUGACAAGGGCAAAGAGUUGGUCGGCCGCGCUGGCGGAGUUGAAUGCUGAGGCCAAAGCAUUGACAGAAAAGUUGGAGGAACACGCGGAGGAGAUGGAGCACAAGGUUCAGCAAAGGUCGAGCACCGGAUCCAUGCCCAAUGCAAGACGGUCAUCCGACCCCGAGCUCAAGCCGAGGGUGAAGUCAGCCAUCGCGGAGCUGCCGCCUCUGCGCCGGCCCAAUAUCAUGAUCGACCCCCUCCCCAUUUCUAAGGAGAAGGAGGCUGUCCUUUCACGGACACGCCCGUCGUGGCUCCCGCCAAAGGAUCCUGCUGAGGAACGUCGCCACCUGAAGGAGUAUCAAAAGAUGAUGGCGCAGAGCUUGGAAGCCGAUCGGCGCCGUCAGGCCGCCAAGCGCGCGCGUUCGGAGUGCCGGGACGUGGCCGCCGAUAGCAUCAUGCAAAUCUGGGAGAACGACAUCUUGCCCCGAUGGAACGAUGCGAUUCGCGAGCGCCGUACCCGCGAAAUGUGGUGGCGGGGCAUCGCGCCGCGCAGCCGUGGCGCCGUCUGGACACGCGCCAUUGGCAAUGACCUUGGCCUCACUAAGACGUCGUUCGAGGCCGCCCUCAGCCGGGCGCGUGAGGCCGAGACCAAGGCUAAGUCAGGGCAUGGCAGCGUCGAGGAGAUGCGUGCUCUGGGCUGGUUUGAUGCCAUCAACAAGGAUGUCCGCGAACGCACAUGGCCGGACCUACGCAUCUUCCAGCCGGGUGCCCCGUUACACCAAAGCUUGGUGGAUGUCCUGCGGGCAUAUGCCAUGUACCGCAGCGAUAUCGGAUAUGUACCGGGCUGCAAUACGAUUGCCGCUCUCCUCCUUCUCAACCUCUCCACACCAACUGACGCCUUCAUCGCCCUUGCGAACGUCCUUAACCGCCCUCUCCCUCUGAGCUUCUACGCCUCUGACGCUGGCGCCAAGAACUCUGCCUACAACCUCGUCCUCCACACCCUCGCCGCCAAGUCCCCCGCGUUGCACGAGCACCUCUUCAAGCUUCUCUCCUCCUCCGGCCAGAGCUGCACCCCAGACGCCUACCUCGAGGCCGUCUUUACCGGUCUCUUCACCCGCCACCUCGCGCUGGACGAGGCCACACGCCUAUGGGAUGUGUAUGUCUUUGAGGGUGAUGCCGUGCUCGUCCAUGCCGGUGUGGCGUUGCUGCGGCAGCGCGAGUCUGGACUGCUCGAAGCGAAGAGUAUAGCUGAUGUGAGGGCUGUGCUGGGAGUUAGUGAGCGGGCACCGUCAACAGCGUCGGAGUCUGGCAAUCCUACGUCCCCAGGCACGAAGCCGUCUGCGGUGGUCGACAAGGGGCCGAAAGUGGUUGCAGGCGAUGGUGCAGAUGAGAGGUGGAUAAAAGCGGUGCGGGAUGCUGGCAAGGCCUGA